AUGCUGCAUGGCUGGCUCGAUCGACGCGGUGUCACCGACUUCGAUCCAGAGACAUUCGGCAUCUCGACCAGCGAAGCGGUAUUCGUCAAGCCGCAGCAGCGCCUCGUCCUCGAGCUAGCCAUGGAGGCGCUGCAAGAUGCCGGGCUGCCACCAUCGACUUUGCUUGGCAAGCGGGUAGGCGUGUUUGUGGCUGCCAACGGACAGGAAGGCUACGACAAGCUCCUGCUCGAUGAAGCCGACAGCGGAGUGCACACCCUGGGAGCACACUACGGUCAUGGCACACACAAUGCCUCCUUGGCCGGUAGGGUUGCCCACUGGCUCGGCUCAUGUGGUCCCGCGAUGACCAUAGAGACGGCGUGCAGCGGAGGGCUCACUGCUGUACAUGCUGCACAGCGCUCGCUCAAGGCUGGCGAUUGCGAUGUGGCAUUGGUGGCGGGCGUGACGACAUUUGUUGAUCCCGAACGCCAGUUCCCCUUCCGACGUCAGGCUGGCAUGGCUACCCGGUUACCUGAGCAGCAAUCGAGGGCUUUUUCGAGCAGCGCAGAUGGCAUGGUCCCCUCUGAGGGGGCUGUCGCUGUCGUUUUGCAGGCGCAGCAUGGGGGCAACACUGGCGCCCGGCAUGGUGAACCGCUGGCGUGGAUCGAGUCGAUCGAGUGCGAGCACCAAGGAGCCUCGGCGACGAUGAUGACGACCCGAAGCGACGCUCAGAGUCGACUUAUCCAUCACGCACUUGCGGCCGCCGAAGUCGAGCCGCAAGCGAUCGACGUCUUUGAAUGCCAUGGCUCCGCAACGCAGCUGGGCGAUUUAGUCGAAUUCGGCGCGAUUAGGCGAGUCUUUGGUGGUAGUGUUGCCAAGAGGGCAGCGCCAGUGGCCAUCACAGCGAGCAAAAAUAUCUUUGGGCACACGGAAGAGGCGGCUGGCCUCGUCGGACUGCUGCACGCAAUUGUAUCGCUCAGACAUCGCAGCAGCCCACCAAGCCAUGUGAGCGACCCGAACAUCGACUUUGAUUGGGCCGGGGCAGGCGCACGCUACUCGAACUGUCGAACGAGCCUGGGCAGAGGCCAAAAUAGUCCUAUGCAUGCCCUUGUGAGCUCGUAUGGCUUCAGUGGGACCAUGUGCAGCGCAGUGCUGCGAAUCGGGCAGGAACAUCCGCAGCCGCAGCCGCAGCCGCACCAGGAGCGGGACGAGCGCCUCGCAAACCUCCUCUUGCUUUCUGCGCCCGAUCGUACCCGUCUUCGCCUGGUUGGCAAAGCGUGUGUGGAACAUUUACGGAACGCGCCAC